GCGCUGGCCGUGCGGGACAGGCUGCUGGCAGCAGAGGUGGAUGAACUCUGAGUGCAAGCCGGACCUUGGGAAGUUCAAGCUCACUGCUGGGAAGUUCUAUGGAGAUCCAGUGCGAGAUAAAGGUCUACAAACCAGUGAAAAUUCUAAAUUUUAUGCUAUCUCCUCACGAUUUAAACCAUUUAGUAACAAAGGGAAGACUCUGGUCAUUCAGUACACUGUGAAGCAUGAGCAGAAGAUAGAUUGUGGUGGGGGAUACGUUAAGAUUUUUUCCUCAAACUUGGAUCAGAAGAACCUAAGUGGAGAUUCACAUUAUUACAUCAUGUUUGGGCCAGAUAUUUGUGGAUCUGAGACAAAGAAAGUCCAUGUUAUUUUAAAUUACAAGAAUAAACCCCAUCCAAUCAAGAAACUGAUCAGAUGCAAGGUUGACGGCUAUACACAUCUAUACACUCUGAUUAUAAGGCCAGAUCAGACUUACGAAGUAAAAAUUGAUAACGAAAUGGUUGCAUCUGGCAACUUGGAAGAUGAUUUAGAUUUUUUGCCACCGAGGAAAAUUAAUGAUCCAACAGUGAGGAAACCCACUGACUGGGAUGAUCGCAUCCUAAUUGAUGAUCCGAAUGACAUCAAGCCUGAGGACUGGGAUGAACCUGAAUACAUUGUGGACACCAGUGCUGAGAAACCUGAAGACUGGGAUGAUGCUGUGAAUGGAGAAUGGCAUCAUCCGAUGGUCAAGAAUCCUCUAUACAGAGGGGAAUGGAAGCCAAGGCAGAUUGAUAACCCAAAUUACAGAGGAGUUUGGCCUCAUCCACAGAUUGACAAUCCAAAUUACUCGCCGGACUUCAGUAUCUACAGCUAUGAAAAUAUCAGCGUCAUUGGACUAGAUAUCUGGCAGGUGAGAGCUGGCACAAUUUUUGACAAUUUCUUGAUAACAGAUGAUGAGGUUUAUGCAGAAGACUUUGGAGAUGAAACGUGGGGUGAAACGAAGUUUUCUACUGGGAAUCCAUUAUAUGAAACUUACUACAAACAGGUAGAUCCGACAUAUACGGGGAGAGUUGGGGCAAGUGAAGCUGCGCUGUUUCUUAAAAAAUCCGGUCUUUCUGAUAUUAUCCUUGGAAAAAUAUGGGAUUUGGCUGACCCGGAGGGUAAAGGAUACUUGGAUAAACAGGGUUUCUAUGUCGCGUUACGCCUUGUAGCAUGUGCACAGAACGGCCAUGAUGUUAACCUGAGCAGUCUGAACUUGACUGUGCCACCUCCUAAAUUUCAUGACACUAGCAGUCCUUUGCUGAUCACACCACCUUCAACAGAGACUCACUGGGCUGUUAGGGUGGAAGAAAAAGCAAAGUUUGAUGGUAUUUUUGAAAGCCUUUUGCCAGUAAAUGGUUUACUUUCAGGAGACAAAGUAAAACCAGUACUGAUGAAUUCAAAGCUACCUCUUGAUAUCCUAGGAAGGGUCUGGGAUCUCAGUGAUAUUGAUAAAGAUGGUCACCUGGACAAGGAUGAAUUUGCUGUGGCAAUGCAUUUGGUUUAUAGAGCUCUUGAGAAAGAGCCAGUUCCUUCACUAUUACCCCCUUCUCUCAUACCACCUUCUAAAAGAAAGAAGACGCCUGUCUUUCCUGGUGCAGUUCCUGUUCUCCCUGCGAGUCCACCACCAAAAGAUAGCCUCCGUUCUACCCCAUCUCAUGGUAGCGUCAACAGUCUGAACAGCACAGGGAGCUUGUCUCCCAAGCACACCAUCAAACAAGCGCAGCCAUCUGUAAAUUGGGUGGUACCAACAUCUGAAAAAGUGCGAUACGAUGAAAUCUUCUUAAAAACAGACACAGACAUGGAUGGUUUUGUGAGUGGCCAAGAAGUAAAGGACAUUUUUAUGCAUUCAGGUCUGUCUCAGAAUCUCCUAGCACAUAUAUGGGCUUUGGCAGACACAAGACAGAUGGGAAAGCUCAGCAAAGAUCAGUUUGCACUAGCAAUGUAUCUCAUUCAACAGAAGGUCAGUAAAGGGAUUGAUCCUCCACAAGUGUUGUCCCCAGAUAUGAUCCCUCCCACAGAGAGGAACACUCCCAUACAGGAUAGUUCAAGUUCCGUUGGAUCAGGAGAAUUUACUGGGGUGAAGGAACUGGAUGAUAUUAGUCAAGAAAUUGCACAGCUGCAGAGAGAAAAAUAUUCGCUAGAGCAGGACAUUAGGGAAAAGGAAGAAUCAAUCAGACAGAAAACCAAUGAAGUUCAGGAACUGCAAAAUGAUUUAGAUAGGGAGACAAGCAACUUGCAAGAGCUAGAGGCUCAGAAGCAAGAUGCCCAAGACCGCCUGGAUGAAAUGGACCAGCAGAAAGCCAAACUGAAAGAUAUGCUGAAUGAUGUAAGGCAGAAAUGCCAGGAAGAAACACAGGUGAUUUCAUCACUAAAAAUGCAGAUUCAAUCUCAGGAAUCAGAUUUAAAGUCACAGGAGGAUGACCUUAAUAGAGCAAAAGCAGAGCUGAAUCGCCUCCAGCAAGAAGAGACUCAGCUAGAGCAGAGUAUCCAGGCUGGAAAAGUGCAGCUUGAAACAAUAAUCAAAUCUUUAAAAUCAACACAGGAAGAAAUAAACCAGGCAAGAAGUAAACUUUCUCAACUUCAAGAGAGUCAUCAAGAAGUCAACAAGAGUAUAGAAGAAUAUAAUGAAGCUCUCAAUGGGAUUCAUGGUGGUAGUCUGACGAAUUUAGCAGACAUAAGCGAAGGCCUUGGGCAGACGGAGAGAAGCAAUUAUGGAGCUAUGGAUGAUCCAUUUAAGAAUAAAGCCUUGAUGUUUACCAAUAAUACACAAGAAUUGCAUACAGACCCAUUCCAGUCAGAAGAUCCUUUCAAAUCUGAUCCAUUUAAGGGAGCAGACCCUUUCAAAGGCAAUCCAUUUGGAGGUGAUCCAUUUAAGGAAAGUGACCCAUUUCGUAGUUCUGCCCCCGAGGAUUUCUUCAAGAAACCGGUGAAGAGUGACCCAUUUACCUCAGAUCCAUUCACAAAACCCUCCACUUUACCCUCAAAGCCUGACCCUUUUGAAAGCAGUGAUCCUUUUACGUCUUCCAGUAUCUCUUCAAAAGGUCCAGAUCCAUUUGGAACACUGGAUCCAUUUGGAAGUGGUGCUUUCAAUAGUGGUGAGGGAUUUGCAGACUUCAGUCAGAUGUCAAAGUCAGUAGCUUCAGACCCCUUUGCCUCCUCUUUUGGAGGAAUGGGUUUCUCAGAUGACCCUUUCAAAAGCAAAUCGGACACACCCGCGUUACCACCUAAGAAAAAUGUCCCUCCUCGACCCAAGCCACCCAGUGGUAAAAGUACUCCUGUAAGCCACCUUGGGUCUUCAGAUUUUCCCAAGCCCCAUGAUCCAUUCCAGCCAUUUGGGGCUGACAGCAGUGACCCGUUUCAAAGUAAAAAGGGGUUUGGGGACCCAUUUAGUGGAAAAGAUCCAUUUGCUCCCUCCUCUUCAAGUAAAACUUCUAAAGACUCUUCCUUGGGGUUUGCAGACUUCAGCUCUUUUGGAAAUGAAGAACAGCAACUGGCAUGGGCAAAGCGCGAGAGUGAAAAAGCAGAGCAAGAAAGACUAGCUCGAUUGCGGAGGCAAGAACAAGAAGACCUUGAGUUGGCUAUUGCACUCAGUAAGGCUGAUAUGCCAAACUCUUAAAUAGAGGUUCUUUGGCUCCACCCUGUCCAAGUGAAACCUUUAAACGUGGCUUUUAUAAAAAUAUGAAAUUCUUGGUUUAUGUUGUGAAAAUAAUUUUAGUCACCUUCAACUCUAAACAAGACCGGCUGGUUACGUCAAACUGGGCUCUGUGUGGCUUUUCAAGUGCAUAAUAUGCAGGAAACACUGUAUAAGCUGUAUUAUAUGUUCUAGAUAAAAUUUACUGCUUGUAAGAAAUUUAACGUAUGAUCCUAAGAUACUGAAAGCAAAGUUCUUUAUCUGGAAGACAAUGUUGCAUAUAGUAAACUGCAACUUGCGCAUCUGGCUUUUUAUUACCUGGAUUCCAUUGGUUUUUUGAGGCUGCAGUAUGAAUUUCAAAGAAAAUGUCAUAAAAAGAUAAUAUUUAUAGAAUUAGCUUUCACUUGUUAUAUUUAUUUAAUAAUUCAUGGUAGGCUAAUCAGCGUGUCAUCUGUGUCAUCUACGUCAAAGUCUUCAGCAUAAAUUCAUUAUCCGGUGGUCCCUUUUUAUCCAGGAGAUGUGGCUUUUACAAAAGACUCUGGCAAUUUAUAUAUGAUGAAUACAAGCGUAGUGAACUGUAUAAAAUGUUACCCAUUUGAAGCCUCUAUGAAUGAGUAGUUCUAAUUUAAACAUCUGUUUGCGUUGAGUUUUAAUAAUUGUACAUGAUGUUGUAAAAGAGGGAGUUAAUUCAGUUGUAGUAAAUUGGGCAAAGAAUUUGGCAAUUAAAUCAUUAGGCAAAAUCUUGCUUUAUCUCACCGGCAAAUAUGGUUGCAGGAUGGCGAUACAAGUUCGCGUGCUGCUUUCCUGUAAAAUCAAGCAAUGGAAAACUUACUGAGCCUGAGCAGCGUUCAUCCCUACAACUCAUUUUACCCUCUUUUGCUCCAGCCGCCAGAACAUAGACCGUGUGAUCUGUGUUACCCAGCUGACUGCGUGAGACGGUCUUUACCUCUGUUUCUUGAAUUCCACCUAUCUUAUAUUACGGGGUUACAGAUCAAACGUAAUGUAGCUGAAAUAAGGCCAAGUUGAAACAGAUUUUAUUUGCCAAAUACAUGUUCAUGUUUUAUAUAUGUUAUAGAAGCACUGGUAGACUGGAUUGGCUUUAAAAUACAGCUUGCAGUAGUAAGUCCAAGUAGGAACAGAUUUUAUAUACACCUGCAGAACUCGGUACUUCCACCUGGUAAGGAUAACACACAAUGUGUUUUAUGUGUCAUAUAUAAAAUACGUCCUUAUGAUAAGUCUGUGAAUUAUUUGCUUACUAAAAAUGCCUUUUCUGAUUACAGGAAUUCUAAAACUUCAGUUGUCUUUGCCUUGGACUUUUAUGUCUAAACAGAGUAGGCAUCUAGCACAAAAUUUUUAAAACGUCCUUAAUGUCUAUCUGCUUUCCCGUCCCUGGUUCUGUAGGAAUGCAAAGCUUAACAGCCUGUGUUCCUACUGAUGCAACCCUUAGGACAUUUUCUCAGUUUUUCUGAAUAUGUGGUUAUUCCUUCAUCGUCAUUUGUAUUUUUUAUGUCCUUGCUUCCUUACUUUUAUUUUUCAUAAUACAAAGAUAGUGCCUGCUCACUGAAUGAAAACAAUCUCUCCCCAUUCUGUUAUAAUUGCCUUAUUCUGGAUGCUCUCCUUACACAGAGAUAAGAAUCAGAUUGGAUCAUUUUAAUCUCCUUGCUAGUUUUCAGCUCUGAAAUGCAGCUAAGGUGUGGCAUUUGGUGUCUCAGGCUUCUGUGGGUAGGUAUACGGGCGCGUGCGUGUCUGCGUAUGUACGUAUACGCACACAUGCGCACCCAUCCUAUGCCUAUGCAGCAAUACGUACGACAAAACUGAAACCCCGUAUCUCAAAAGGCAGUUUUAGGAGUCACAGUUCCCUGUUUGCUGUGUGUCUCCUGUGCUGAUGGCACUACAGAUAAUGUGAAUCUUUAAUUCACUUCAGAUGGGAAGAAGAUGCAUUCUAGUAUCAAAACCAACCCUAUAAUGAUCUUUAAUGCUGUCCUUUCAUGACCCAUUUGGAAUGCAGGAGAAGAUAUUUCUAAUUUUACAGAACCUGAUUUGAAAUCCCUUCCUAUUGUGGUAAUUUUUCUCUAAAAUUUGUUAAAUGAAAUGAUCAAACAUACUAAAAUGUCAACAGAUUCUCUCUCCUGUUGGUGUACAGGACUUGAAGCCUCCAAGAGCAAACUCGGGUCUGUCUAUAGCUCACAUUAGGUAAAACUUUUGCUAUGAAAGAGCAAUUUCAAAAUGGAAUGGCUGCAGGGAUUCUCAGUGAGGUUAAAACAAAUUAUGUAUAUGUGCAAGAUUCUCCUUUUCAUUUUCAUGUGGGCCUGAGUCUUUGUGGUGUCUCUUCUGCAAGAAUAAAACCCCAUUCAUACGUAGUGCCGUUUUAGAAAGGAAAACCACUUUUGGACUACUACUUGGGUGAUGUCACUCCGGUGGGAGGGGGUGGAUGAGCUAAAUAGCUUGAUUCAUUUUUUGAGUUAUGCACCAUAACAAGGCUUUCUGCUGCUUUGUCAGUGCUCUAAAAUAGCAUCAUUUAUAAUGCUUCUAAGGCAACGAGUCGGUUUUUUCAGCAGGAAGCCAGAAAUUUGAAUUAAUCUAGCAUUCCAUAUCGUGUUAGAACUCAUUGCUUAUUUUCCUGUUUCCUUAUUGACUCAUUCUUCGUAUUUGCUUGGACAGUAACAGAAGAUCCAGCAAAUGAACAAGGCCGGAGCAUGUCCUCUACACACAGUGUAUUAGCUUUAGUAACCUUAGGUUUACUGAAACACUCUGCAUGUGUCAAAAUUUUAGACACUGCAGUAGACGAACCCUUAGCUGUGAUUUCUCCCCAUUGUAUCAAAUACAGUUUUCCAUAUAAAAAGGAGGAUUACCCACGUUCUUCUCUUACGCUCGUAACUCGGUGUUCUGUAUAAUACCUGCACUUGUUCUUCUAAGACGAAACCUCUGUCGCAAGACAUCGAUGAUCUUCUUCCUCCAGAACGGUGAAAUUUAAAGCACAAAUAGGCCUAGUGCUAUUUGGGCAGAGAAAAUAUGUACAAUGCGAGCUAGACGGAAUGUGAGUAUACACAAUGCAUAUACAGUGUACAUUGAGAUCCAUAUUAUUUGUGUCUACGUGUGUAUAUAUAUAUAGUGUAUCGUAUAAUGUAAUAAUAGUGCGUGUAUAUACUAUACAUGUCCACAUACUAUGCCUAGUAUAUAGCUACUUGUGCUGUACAUAAAAGGUGUAUAUACAUUGAAUAUGUAGAAUAUGCAUAUAUAUUCUAUAUAUUAAAGCUUGUCUGUAUGUAUGUAUUCUCUAAACAGAGAUGGAUACAGAAAUGGAAUUUUUACAGAAAUGCAGAUUAGAUCACGGCUCUUAGAAUUUCAAAGUUCUGGUGAAAGAAAAAAAAAAAAAAGGAGCAAUGACUACUUUAAUAAAUUUGUUUAAAGAUCCCUUUCAUUGGCAUGAGAUGCUGUUCACGAGCUGUGCCAAGUGUGAGAGAGAAACCUGGCAGAAAGUAGGUAUCAUCUGCACUGGAUGUGAUUUCGCAUUCUUUGGAGUUUUUAAAGUGUCUUUUUGAAAUGUAGGCUCAAUUUCUGACCUUCUUGCAUGUGAUGGUCAUGUCAUCUUUUUUCCUCUAGGCUGAGGCAAUGAUUUUUCUCCAACGUUUGCUUGUAGUUUCACUUCUCUUUCUUUUUUUCCCCCCCUUUUUAAAAAAAUGUGUUUAAGGAGCUAUUCCCAUACACACCUGCACCCCAAACAGUCGCACGCUAAGGUGGAAAACAUGUUUUUCUUGCUUCAUUCCAGUUAUAGAGGUUGCACAUAAUUGUCAUCUGGAUUUCAGCUCUGGUUUUCCUCCAUUUCCACCUAAGCUUUUACUUCAGGAGGAAUGACUGUCCGUUGCAUUCUUGGCUUUGAGGAAAGGAUGGAGGUGAUUCUGCUUUCUACUCAGAUAAAUUAUUAGACUCCGUCCUACAUUGAGCAAUCCCAAAGAGUUUAGUAGGCUUUUACAGCGGCACAUGUGUGUUUUAUACAGUCUCGUCACUGCUGGAAUGACUCAUGGAAAACCAUGAAUUGCACACAGCACCGAGGCACGGCAGUUAGAACAGGAAAGACGGGCAAUUAUUCACGUCGAGCCGACGCAUGCAAACUUUGCGUGUAGGACGCAGGUAUUGAAUUACCCACAUUAUCCUUUAUAGACCAGGAUGUUCACAUUUGCCUCGAGUGGUUUCCCUACGUUAUAUUCAAAUCGCCCUGUUGUAAAACAUACCAGUCGUUCUGCAAUAAAAACAGAUGCUCAUAAAAGUCAUAAUUCUACAAUAAUGCUGUAUGAAAUAUUUUUAUAUUGGCAAAUUUUUCCUGAUGCAAUCUCUGCCCUGUGAGGAUCAUCAGUCCUUACUGUAUUUCGUUUCAUGUCAUGUGCUCUCAAAGUGUAGGAAAUCCCAAGCUGGGUCUGACUGUGGAACCUUUUUUUUUGUUUGUUUUAAUUCCUGUCUGUGAAAUCUGUUGUCAGAAAUCUUUUGUAGAGAUUAUUUUGUCAUCUUCUGCUCAGAGAUAAUGCACUUUUUCUUGGAUUCUUCUUAUAAUCCUUUUGGGGUUACUAUUUCUUCUUUAGUGUUUCUCCAUUGAGAAGAGUAUUUAUUCUGUAGAACCGAGGCCCAGGGAAGUUUGGUCCAAGUAGAAUUGUUGCUUUCCCUCGUGUCAGAGUUUGAUUUCUCCUUUCUUCCAUGUUUUAUUCCUCCCUCUCAGGAAUUUCAUUUCUGUUUAAUCCUCAUUUAGAGUUGAAACUCUGGUUUGAAGUGAAUUGAUCGGUGCUGGUAAUGAUCCAGCUCAAAUAGGUUCCGACGCUGGGGGAACAGCUCGGGUUUUGUUGUGUGUCAACCAUCGCAUCUCUCGGUAGACUUCACUCCAAACAUCUUUUCUUAGAAAGGAAUUUUGCUUGGAGUAUGGUGGAAUCCUAGAAGAUUUAUUUUUAGAGUAAAUAUGUUAACUAUUAUUCAUUGACACACCUGUUUUCUCAGUCAAUAUACUGCUCUUUUUACUUGAAAGUUUUAUAAAUAAAGGCUAAUUUGUUAUAAAACGGAAUUUUCAUUUUUCCAGCUUCUGCCUUCCCUUUUAAGUUUUACUUUAAAAGCAAAACUCCCAGUGAGUGUGGUUCCUUUUGCUGUUACAGUUCUAGAGUGCUCUUCUGGUGUCCCUUUUAAUACGACUUUCUUCCGUCUGACCUAAAAAAGGUGGAAAGGACAAAGUGGAAACUGCAAUGUUGACCUAAAUUUGACUAAUAUCUCCAAAUCUGUACAUUAUUGUAGUUAUAUUUAUCUUUCAAAUAGCAUAACAAAUUGAAAGGUAUUUUAAUUUUAACCCAUCUCAUGUGUUUA